CAAAAAAUUGGCAAAUCAUUGUGAACAAAGACUGUUUUACGCGCAGAGUAACUAGUCAAUAUUUUUUGGACUGUUUGAUAUAAACCGUCGUAAACUGCUGUUUAAUGAUAGAAACAAAAUGUCCCAUUUUUGAAAGUCUCUAUCUUUUUUAUAAAUCUGCUGCAUGCUGAUCAUCAUUUCGAAAAGAAAAUGAGGAGAACUUGGCGCCUGGAGGCGUCGCAUUUGCUCUUGAUUGGUCUUUAUGCUGUAGUAGUCAAUGCAGAUGGUCCAGUCUUCAGUCUCGAGGUCGUUUCAAAAAGCCAGUCGGAGAUCGAGAUCCAACUUACCAUGUUAAACUCAUCCGCUACCAUUCAGUCCAUUGACAGUAUCGAGUGUGCCAAAGAGAGAGAUAGAACUUUAUGUCCACUCAGCCCAAAUGUAGUAAUCUCGGGAAGCAACGCAAACCUGGCCUUCGAUUCUCUUGAUAUCGGCGAGUCCUACCGAGUUGCGGUGUCUUUCGUUGUUUAUGAGCUUGACGGAGUAAAUCAAAACUCUUCUGAUGAAGUCACUCUAUCGACCUGCACAGUGCCUGCUACACCACCUGCUGAUGAUGUUGACUGGUACUCAUUGUCAACAAUUAAUGGAACGAACUUCGAGUUGCCUGGUUUUGCCUUUAACUACGAGAUCACUUUGGUGCCAACAUUCUGCACUGGCAACAAAACGCUCAUGCACGAGUGGUAUCCCCCCGUCAUUUACAACCUUGAGACAGGAUGUGAAUACCGGGUACUUUACGCAAGCAGAUGCGAGACGAGCAGUGGUGAAAAAACUCCUUCCGAAUACGUCGAGUUCAGCGAAACUUUUUGCCCAGUUUCAAAGCCUCGGGCUCCGAACUUCGAUGACCCCAACAUAAGAUACACUGCAACAAACACUUCAAUAACCAUAAACGACGGAGGACUAGGCACUGUGGGGUCACCUUCAAGCAGUGUUCGUCUCGACAGAUACCUCUUUGUGGUCGCUUUGCUCGACGCUUUGCGGCCGACGCUUGGAGUUGCUGAAGGGUGGGUAAAUGUAGACGAGCCUAUGACAGUGACAAGACUUUUACCUGGUAGGGUGUAUUCGGUAAAAGUGAUCGGCCAAGUGAACUCUUCUUCUUGUGGAAAUGUGAAUGGAACAGAGGAGACUGUGAUCAGGGAUCUCUGUACAGCUCCGUCGCCUCCGAAUAUGGAUCACGGGUGGGCACUGCAUUAUUUUGACGAUACAACUCUUGCCAUAUUUUCAAGCUAUGUAUUAUCACCUGGAAGCGGGAGACCUGACAAGUUCAAAGUGGUAUCAGUGCACCCUGCCCCAAACACACCAUUCAGUACAAUUACAGCCGAUGACUCAUCCGAUAUCUAUAUUCGGAAUUUGACAGCUUCAACCAGAUACACAGUGUCGGUAGUGUAUACCAUGGGUGAUGCUACUCCAUGCAAGACUGCACUCUCUGGUCCACUGGAGAGCGAAGUGGUACAAGCUGUGGCUUGUACAGCACCCCCUCAACCGAAUGUGACUUGGGAGAGUUAUGAGACGAGUGUAACAGUAACAUUGCACAAUCCUCCUCAUCAGUUCGACGAAUGGCACCUGAAGAUCACUGGCUUUCUUAACAGAAAUUUUAGAGGUUCCUAUGACAAAUGGGUUAAAUUAAACUCAUCUCAGACUACCUGCACAUUCGAUAGACUCGCUUACGGAGUGAGUUCUAUUAUUUAUGUAUCGUUGACAACAGGCGGAGAUGGAUUUACAGAUUGUGGUCCAAUGCGACAAUCAUCAUCCCCCCGUUCUAGUUUUUACGUUUCAGCUGGGUGCAACAGACCACCCGUUGUAUCACAUCAAAUCGAGGCAAAAAGCCCCUGGAAGAUAUCAUUCAUCUUCAUCAGUUUUGGCCUUUCCUACCUCGACAGGUAUUUAAUCGUCUCUUCCAGCUCUUCACUUACCAAUCCAAUAAAGAAAGAAGAGCUGUUAAUGCACUAUGGUUACCCCAUUGAAAUUGAUGGCCUUGAUCCAGGAACUGAGUACUAUCUACACUUCACUCAGUUGGUUCAGUUCUGUCCCAGCGGAGAUCGGGUGUUCAGUUAUACGACUUCAGUCUGCACAAUUCCAGAUUACAUCAACAGUUCGGUAACUCGAUAUGGUUUUGACUCUGGAGCCGUAUUCUUUUCUGGAAUCAGUGGUGUCCUGCACGGAUCCUUCUCCUCUAUGUACUAUUCCCUAACUAGUGAUGACAAUCUGUGCAGUGAGAGGGAGGGAAACUUCACCAACCUUACUGUGAGACAUAAUAUUGAGAACGUGGUAACAGGUUGUACUUACCAACUGUCCAUAUCUGCCCUAUGUGGAAGUAAGAAAGGGCCUCCGACUCACUUCAUCAUAUAUGUUCCGGAAACUUCAAACGAGGAUAAAAAUUGGUUUCUCCUGCUCGUCAUCGUCAUUGAGUCUGUGGCAGUGGUAGCCCUGCUUGUUGUCGCAGUCGUGGCAUUUUUUGACUCGGUUUUUUGUUCAAGUGGUUACACCAAGGCCCAGGAAACCCAAAAAGCGGAAUACGACAACCCAAUCUUCCCAAAUAAAGAUUACACGGAACCAAUGGGAUACCCACAAGCAGAUUUUGCCGAGAACCAAGUGAAGACUGGCGACCCUGAGGGCUGUAACGAGAUGGGAAAAUUUGUUUCGAUGAGUUCAGAAACCCCUCCCAGGGAGUGCUGCCAGGCGUGAAUAAUCUCGGCGCCUAAUCAAUACGUAGAGACGGGAUUUUGGAAAUGUAACAUACAGAUCAACUGCCUUAUAUCGACCAACAUUCUAAUUGAUUUCAGAUAAUGAUGGAACGAAACGAAAAAACUGACAUUUUUAACGAUGAAAAUCUGCUUGAAACUGUUGAUACUUCUUUGCACUAAUUACAAAAUUUACAGA